GGGGCAGGGGAUUGGAUGGCAGCUGAUGCCAAUGAAUGUCUAGUUACCAUCAUCCUCAAACCAGGGGCUUAUCAGGGGGCGCACGAAAGCCCAGAUCUGCUCUGUUUCACGUAACAACCCCCCCCCCCCCGCGGCCUUCCAAGAAUGGAUCCGUGUCAGCCCUGGGAUGAACUAGGCCCGCAGCUGCUGCCCAGUGCGGCGCCACCAGUAGUAGCGCUGGGAGAGGCUGCAGCGUGGUUUGUUUUCCAGAAUGAUAAUAAAGGAAGAGGGAGGGAGUGUUUGUGAGGAAACAACACAGAAAAAGAAAAAGAAAAAAGUGAAGAGCACUGGGAGUCAAACUGUCGUCAAAAUUGAAGACGACCUUCAAUCUGACACGCAAGCAGAAACUAAGGUGAAGAAAAAGAAAUGCGGGGCAGAAGAGGAUUCAGAUCAGUUAAAUCUUAGUAAAAAGAAGAAGAAAGUUGGCUCCAAAUUAAAGAAAAGAGCAUGUGCUGACAGCCCUGUGACAAUAGAAAGCAGUUCAGAGGCUGAGCCGGUAAAAGAAAUAAAGGAGGAAUCUAAAGUUUUCAAAAAGAAGUCAAAGAAAGGCCAAGGUCUUUCCUUGUUACCAUUGGAGAAUAAUCAGGACAGUGAUCAAUACCUUCCAAAGAAAUACACAAUUCAUUCUCAGGAAAAUACAGUCAUUGGUAAAAAACACAGAGAGAGCAUCUCCCAGGACUGUGAGGGUGACAAUGAAGUAACCAAGAAAAAGAAGAAAAAGAAAGAGAGAGACAUUUCUUCCUUACCAGUGAUAGAAAUUCCAGACAGUGAUCAUGAAAUUUCUAAUAAAAACCAUAAAAAAAUAAAUAAAACCACUUUACAGGAAAAAGCACUUGCUGGUAAAAAACACAGAAAGGAUAUUGUCCAGAACACUUCAGGAGAGAGUGAUGUAAUGAAGAAGAAGAAUAAGAAAAAGAAAGACAAACAUGACUCCUUAACACUGGCAGGUAAUCAGGACAAAAAUCACAGUGUUUCUGAGGAGAACCUUUCAACACGAGACUUCAGAAAAAAUCAAGAAACCAAUUCCCAGGAAAACACAUUCAUAAGAAAAAAACAAAAAGAGAAGAGUGUCCAGAACUCUGAAAGUGACAGAGAAGUAACCAAGAGGAAGAAAAAAAGCAAAGAUUUUUCUUCCUUAACAUGUGAGGAUAAUCAGGACCAAAGUCAUGGAAAUUCUAAUAAACACCUUCCAGGAAAACAAAAAGCCAAGUCCCAGGAAAAAGCACUCGCUGGUAAAAAACAGAGAGCGUAUUCUGAAGAUGACAGUGAGGUGACCAGGAAGAAAAAGAAAAAGAUUCAGAAGGAAGAGGAGGAAGUAACUGAGCCUGUAAACCUUACGGAUGAAGAUGGGGAAAUAUCUGAAGGUGAAAAGAUGACACCAAUUAAAAGUAAUAGAAAGAACAAAAAAAAGAAAUCCAAACCAACAGAAGACCUUGCAGUGGAUAAUAUAGAUGAGGGACUUCAUGAAAAUAAUGAUGUGCACUGUGACAAUAAGGGUAAGAAAAGAAAUAAACAGAGAUCGCAGAACUGUGCCGAAGAGCCAAGAUUGAAAAAGAAAAAGGUCAUAGUAAAAACAGAAAAUGAGGCAACGGAAUGCAAGGAUGAUGUAACAGUGGUAACGGAAAGGAAAGGAAACUGCGAUGAAAUAAAUAUAGACAAGGUUAGACGGCAAGCUCUGCAAGAAGAGAUUGAUAGAGAAUCUGGCAAAACGAAGGUUUUCAGAAACAAAGUGGAAUCUCAGGAUAUAAAGUUUGGCCAGUGGAGCACAGCUUCUUUUGAAAACUCAGACCAAAAAACAAAAUUCCUUAAACUGAUGGGUGGUUUUAAAAAGGGUUCUGCCUCAAGCCAGGAUCCACCAGGAACCACAGAAAAACCAAACAUGGCUCUGAACAGGAAAGGUGAGGAAACCUUAAAGCAGACCCUGCAAAUGGAGUUUGAGAAAGCAGUAAACUUGAAGCAACAUAGAGGAAUUGGCCUUGGAUUCCAGCCUAUUGCCAACAAAAAAGUGUACAUAGAUAAAUAUGUUUCUAAAUCUAUUAAAUUUGAGGACUAAACUUUAUUGCAGCAACAUGAGGGGGAAUGAAAAACCAUUCAGACUUGCUUUCUACAUUUUUUUCUUGGGAUGAAACCAAGUUCAACACCCAGUUUGUCACUUAAGAGCACCAAGUGAUGAUGUGUCUAGAAAUCUCAGUGCACAUGGAACUAAGUUCUAACCACAGCUGAAUGACAAAUCCCAAUGUAUCUUGGAGGUCUGCCAGUAUGUUCUUUAGUAUUGGGGAGAAAAUCUCCUUCAGCAAAGGUUUGAGACUUGCAGCUGUAGCCUGUGGCUGUUUAAAUCUUGUAAAUAUUUAUUUAGACUCUUAGAAUGCAGAACGUAUAAAACCCUUUUUAAUACAUUUUAGUGACUCAAGGGCAACAUAAUGGUUCCUUUGCGGUUUUACAGUCCAUCAUAUAAAAUCCUCACAUACAUUUUUCUGCUGGUGUGGUGCCAAAUUAUGGCCUUUUGCACUGAAAGAAACAUUAUAGGUAAGUCUAGAAUUUGAUCAACAGGCUACUUUUUGUUUGCAAAUCUCAUGGUUUUUUUAGUGGUCUCAAUAGCUUUUUCCUUUUCAAAAAUGCCACAAGCCAAAUCAUUUUUACUUCCCAAGCUCUCACAAGCAACAUUUUAUUUCAACAUCAAAAACCCAGUUAGUGACUAUCUAUAAGGUAGCUGUGCCGAUGAAUCUUGGUUAUAAUUUCUGUGCAUCAGUUAAGCAUGGCAAGACAUGGAUAGUAACUUUCAAUGAGUCACUGAGCUACGCUUAAUUUCUACUUCUUCCUUGCUAACUAACACUGUUCACUAUUUGUGUUAAUCUGUGUUGGUAGCUUUGCUUUAAGGGGCAAAUCCUGGUCCUAGUAAACUGGCAGAAUUCCCAGUGGCUAGUGUGGCCAAGACUGUUUCUCAGAACUGCACAACCCACAUGAAGGUCAGUCAUAGACCUGCAUGAAUGAAAUUCCUGUUUCUUAAGCGUUAGAUUAACUCCUACAUGUAAUGUUGCACAGUCACAUUUUCACUGGCUGUGUACAAGAGAGCAUGAACUAUAGAAAUGCAAUUGUAUAUUUAUUCAAUCUAUGCAUACUUGGAACUCCAGAGAGCCUGAAUCAGUAAGGAUGGGCAUUGUCGCCUUGAAAUUCUGAAAAGCUGUGUGUAUGAACUGGUUUAAUACUCUCACUUAGUGUCCUGCCACUGGUUAUUGGGAUAUGGGCGCAGGGAGAUGGUCUUCACAAGUGUUAGGAUAGCUGUAAAGUGACUAUAAAAAUGGCAGCGUGGCCACUUCCUGGGUCCAGCAUUUCCACAGCAUAUGGCUCAGUUUACAAGAUAAAAGGCAAAUUAUUUUCCCCACUUACUUACUGUUUUGCAGAUGCUCACUUGUUUCUCAUUGCUCUCCGACAGGCAGGAUGACGUCCACCCAGGUUUUCCCAUUUGCUAGGCCUCCCUCCUCUGCUUCGCCAGCCAUUGCUCUGAAACAAGUGUUAGCCUGUUCUUCUGUACCCCCUUGAGAGGGCAAGUCUCUUGGCAAAGUCUGGUCUGUGUGUACAGAAAACCCAGGAGUCAUCCAAUGGCUUUUUAGGUAACUCCUAUAAAGGGAGAUUAAAGCCACCUGAUGAGUAGGAAGCCCCCACUAAUCCAGUCCAGUACCUCAGACAAGGAAAAGGGGGCGUGGUGACCUCUCUUCCCUCACUGAAAUGUUGAAUCCUUUCCUCUGCAGGGGCUGAGGCUGCCUCAGGUCAAACUCCUCCCCUUGCUGAGUGGGUUACAGCCCUGGACUGCCUCAGGCAGAGCCUCCACCCCUCACAUUGGAAUCUCCCCACUCCAGCCAAGUGGCUGGCUUGCCCGUCCCAACCCUGCGAUUGGCUUUAGCUCCCGCCUCGCUCUUUUCAGGCAGCAGAGGUUUCUCACUAAACAGAAACAUCAAGGUCUGUAGAAUGCUACUGCUAGACCCACAUUCCAACUUUAACCUUCUCUGGCCAAGACCUGAAGAGUGCCAGCUGUGCUGCUGGAGACACCUUCCUUUGUUUUGCUCUGAGCAAGACAAGAGUCAAACUGGAGAAGCAGAGGAAGGAGUGGGAAAAAUCUUGGCUGGUGAUUUGGUCAGCGUAGGAGUGGAGGAGGGAAAUCAACAUCUGCACUGUGAGCCACAGCAAGGUUAGCCUGGGAUCUGAAAGUCAAGUUGGCUUGAUGCAGGUAGCACACCUCUACAACAAAGAUGCUGCAGGCUCUAUUACUCUUAAACCUGUGUCAUCAACUGAGGCCUUGCUCUCAGCCGUGUAACCAAGAGUAUCAACUGAGGAGUUUCACAGGUUGCUUUGCCAUUGGAACAUAAUGAUGAGUCCAGUUCACUCUCCUCUACUUGGGCUGGUUCUGCAGAGCAGCAGGAGCAUGCUGAGCAUGGAGACCAUUUUUAGUCACUCUCAAUAGAGUCACACUAUGCACCUUCCUUUCUCGUUUACUGAGGCUUGUUUCAGCGAGGGGUGUGUGUCGAAUUACUCCCCUCAGUGCUUUUCAGACUUGUAUAUUAAAUAAGAGGGCAGGAUCUGAACAUUGAUAGCCUUGUUCUGUGAGGAGCCCUACUUUGGCCCCUGCGCUAGCUAUAUGUAACAUGCACAUUCCUGUGUCUUUCCUUUGCAUUUAGCAGCUGUAAUGUUUUAAGAUAUUUGUAUAUAUUUAUAAUGAAAACAUGUUAUUCUUUGUACCUAAACUUCAUUUUACUGUAGCUUUGAAAUUAAGCAAUGGUUUUUAAUGAGACUGGGUGUGUUCAUUUAUUUCCCAAUUUAGAUCUUUGUACUUAGCAAAGGCACCUUGUCUGUCACUGUACAGCUGCAUGGGUGUGGAAGAACACAAGUAAAAAAACAGAACAAUAUGAUGAAAAUCUUAUAUGGCCAGUAUAGUUCAAUGUACAACUGGAUGUACUAAUGCCAUUAUUUUACCAUGCUUGUGUAUUUGACCUAAUUCCUUACAGGCAAAUUACAACCUGGUGACAGGGUUAGGAUAACUAUAUGACAAGCUGAGACACCAUCCUCACUUCAUAAAUGUUAUGUAGUGUUCCUACAGCUUUUUCUUUCCCCCUCUAUAUAGUCUGCACAGGGUCCUAUUUCAAUUCACUUAGCCACAACCUGAUCACUAGUUAUAUUUCUUGGGUUUUCGCUCAUUAACAUCUAAGAGAAAAUCAGGGCAAGAGCAAGGAAAGAAUAAUAAUUUUUGGUGCACUGCAUUGCUAGCAUCGGGGUAUAUAAUGGCAGGGUUUGUGGACUUGGCUUAAAUCAACUGCCAAACUAAGUAACCUUGAAAAUGUGUAAAUGCUAUGGACAAUUUAAAAGCUAUUGGUUAAGAAAAAUUGAGGCUCAGAGGCCUCAGACUUCUGUUUGAUCAUAAAAUAGGUUGCAGAGCUGUUCAGUAUCUCUUAUCUUCUGUGACAUUUGUAUAUUACCUUCUGUGAAAGAAUCCUGGUAUUCUGCAUGUUUGUAUAUCACAGAAAGCCACAGUAGCUGUACAACUAGCAGGAUUAGAGUCCUUGCAUGCAUUUUCUACACUGCAGAUUUGGAGAUCAUCAUUACCCUAUACAUGGGCACACCAAACCAAUCAACACUACCACUAAACUAGAGCAGACGUCUAGCUCGAGAUCUCCCAGGCUUCCAAAGGAUUUGAACCAUGGGUGGAACACACCAAGACAAAGUGGCUGUAACAUGAGUAAACACACUCGUGU